AUGCCAGAUAUAAGAGCUUUUUCUGCAAGACCAUUGUCAUUUGAACAGUAUAUUGAUUUGGAAGGCUGUGGUCCUGGUGCGAAGUCACAACUCCACUAUAAAGUUGAUGAAGCCAGAUGCAUAUUUGCGAAUAUUGGAGUGACCCUCUUUGGCAGUCUUGUAUUUGCGCCAGAUAUGAAGCGGUGGAAUAUCUUGGUGGCUGUAAUAGGCCUUCGCAAGUUAAUUGAAAUGAGUUUGCCAAGUCAGACCUCAUCGGCAGGUAACAAGAAGAACCAAACAAAGACCAGAAGGUUGAAGGUGUGGUUUCAUGGAGGGCCUGAUUCCUUUGGUUUGCAAAGCUUUGAGGAAGAAAAAACCCGCAGCCAAUAUGAGUGCCUUUCAUCUGGUGCUGCGCUAAGUUACAACGUCUCAGAUUUCUACAUUCACGAUGCACCUACGAGUGGGCUACAUUUCGAACCAUCCGUGGAGAAGAAAACACCUCAGGAAAAAGGCCAUCGGAGAUUUUGGUCUGUUCAUGAAGAUUUCUCAGGUGGAUUUUCGUCACCAGCAGAUCGUUCACCAAUCGCUGCUUCUCAAACGAAGCAACUUGUGAGGUUCAGGAGCCAAAGAGUGUAG